AGUGACCAAUUAGAUAUCAAUAUCAAAAAUAUUACCAGCAACCAAUAAUAAUAAACGAGUGAAUAAGUUAAAAUCAACGCACGAAUUGAACGCCUGUUCAAAAUCGAUCGAGCACAUCAUACAACACCAGGCCUAAGCCACAUGCGAUAUUCCCACAGUUUAUUAAUAUUACUGACACGAAAGCCAGACUUUACCAUAGCGUUCAUAAGCAACCUCGGAGAUGUACUUCUCGCUGAUUCUAAUUCUGUUUGCCGCUUGUGCCUGUGAAGAUAUUCCGGACCUUGCCAGCAAUGUGAACCCUUAUGGAGAAGUGAAAUAUUCAAAGUUAUCGAGAUUAAAUCCCGUAUCCGUUGGCCAUGAGCAAAUAAUGAAAACGGAAUCUGGUAAAACACUUACAAUAAAGACAGCAGCCGUGAACCCACCUAUAUUUGAGAUAGAGAAUUAUCUUACCGACGCUGAAUGUGAGUAUAUCAAAGGCCUAGCCGAGAAGAAAGCAGACUGGAAACAAAGCAUCACUCUACCGAAUGACGGCCUUAAAGGACAUUUCGAAGGAGGCCAUAAAUUAAGUUUCGAGACCGCCGACAAAAACAAUGAUGGUGUUGUAGACGUGUUAGAGUUUUGGAAAGUAAGGCCUCCUGUACAGAAUUCUAUGAUAACCAUUGAAGAUAUACCAGAAUUUCUUCAGCUCCAUAAUUACGAUGAAGACGGAGACGAAAAAUUGACGGCUUCCGAAUUUUCGAAAAUUGACGUCAAACUGAUGUAUCAAAAAGAAAUGUCACGCGUUAAUAAUUUUUUUUUGUUUCAGAUUGUGUAUUAUGAGGUUGGGGGACACUAUCAUGCGCACUUUGAUACUUCAGCUCAUAGCAAAAGCAUUCCGUGUAUAAAUACCCGUGAAUUAGACGGAGUAGAUGGAAACGCUAAACUCGAUUACAGUAAUUAUCGAUUAUGUAGAUAUAUAACAAUUAUGUACUACUUAAAUGAUGUUGAGGAAGGAGGAGAGACAGCAUUCCCCAUUGCCGACAAUGCAACAGCUUCCGAGCAGGUGUUAUUUGCUGGAGGACAAAUGGGGGAUUUGAGUAAUCAUUGCAAGGACGCUAGAUUGAUAGUAACACCAAAGAAAGGCAAAGCUGUCAUGUGGUAUAACCACUUGUUGAAUGAAGAGGGUUGGCUGGGUCAAAAGGAUAGUUAUUCUUUUCAUGGAGGAUGUGACAUAAAAAAAGGCGUUAAAUGGAUCGCUAAUCACUGGAUACCGAUUGACAGUGACAGGGAACGUCAACUUCGUUACUUGGACUUUUGUUAUAAAAAAUAUCCAAAUAAACGCACGAUAAGCGACAAUGAUCAGGAACAACAACAGAAUUCCCACCAAGAAGACAACGACCACCACCAACAAAAUGACCAACAACAACCUUUGCAGGAACAACAUGCACACCAAGAGGAAGGCACUGGACAUCCCCAACAGCAGCAGUCUGAACAUGGCGUCCAACAAGAACAUCGACAAGCAUACAUUGAUCAAAAUGACCAUCAACAAAACCAACAGGAAAACCAACAGCAACAAAAACAACAGGAAAACCAACAGCAACAAAAACAUCAACAUGAGGACCAACAAUUGGACAAAGCAGAAAAUCAACAACCCCAAGCCAGGGAAAAUCAACAACCCCAAGCCAAGGAUGAACACGGUGAAACUACGGAGAUACCUAUCAAGGACGAACUUUAAAUCGAAAUGAGUUGUGAUUGAGAUAUCGGACCAGUAGGCCUACUGUCUAGAUGUGCUGUACUUUAUAUUUAGCAUUUAAUUUAUCUCCUAGGCGGUUGUUAAACCUGUCAUGCGUUUUGACGAGGAUGACGAUAAUGAUAAUAAUAAUGACGGGGACAGACGAUGACAAAUACCAGGCAUUAUAUUUAUGUUUAAAUUAUUAAAUAUGUUGAUUGAAUUUAAAUGAUGUAUGAUACUAAUGUUGGCGAUGAUGUUGACCACUAUGAUAGUGGAAGGUACUGGUGGUGAUGAUGAUUAUGACGAUAGUGACAAUGAUCAUGACGAAUAACUAUGGUGAUGAUGUAGAGGUUGAUAUUGAUGACUUUAUUGUUACUAUAAUGAUGAUAUUGUGGUCGCGAGCGUUGUCAAUCUCAUCGUCCUCGUGAAUACCAUCAUCAUUCCCGUCGUGAUAUUUAAUCAUUGCUGAAUGUUCAAUAAUUUUUUUUGUACCAUUCUUACCAAUGUUUGCAUGUAUUAGUUACACUCAAUGCCGUAGCCAGCUAUUGGGACAGUCCCACACAAUUUUUCUAAUGGGUCCACAAAAAUGGAUCCACAUUUUUAAAAAUGGUUCCAAAUUAUGUAAUUUUUGCAUAAAAUGGGUCCACUUUUUGAAAAAUGCGUACAGAUUUUUCAUAUUUUUGCUUAAAAUGGGUUCACAUUGUUUGAAUUCACGCGUAAAGUGGGUCCACCCUGGCAUUGGUUACACUGACAGUUAACCUAUUAAUUAUAAAAUCAUGGGCUUUCGCUUUAAAUCGGCGGAAUAACAUUAGCAGACGAGAGAACAACCUAAUACUGGACGUAACUGAUGGUCAUUCACUUACAGUACGUAAAAUUAAUGCACAGAAAAUCUACUUGACUCUUCACUCAUAAUUGAUUUAUUGAAAACACAAUCAAAAUACACACACAUGCUUGUUGGCCAAGCCUACAUAAUGAAAGUUUGCAAUUGAAACAUAAAUGAAAUUAAUUAAUAAUUAUACAAUUAAGUUAAAAAAGUAACAGUACGUAACAUUUUGGUUAACUAGCAGCAAUAUUAUCAGACUGCAGUAUAGUGUAAUAUCAUUAUCUAAAUCAGAAGUCCUACGGGUCAUGUGACAGUCACAUGAAGGCGCUGUAACAUCAGAGGGCUUAUCAAAACAUGGCCUAUUACACUACACUGCAGACAAUAAAAGGACUGAAAUAGGAUGAUUACAUGGUGCAAUUUGAUUCGGCUGCAUUUUACAGUACUUGCCUUAGGUGUCUUAAAAAAACAGUGGUGUAACGAAUAUAGCCAU